UCUCGGAGACUGGCUAGGUAGAGUGCGGAGGAUCUGUGAGGCUGUGAGUAGCCGGUGGGUCUGGCGGCGUGACGAGUUUCAGCCUCCCUCCCUCUCUGAAUUCAGCAUGGAGGAGAAGUCAGAGAACUGUAAGGUUCCAGAGGAUCUGUUCAAUGGUUUGAAGGUUACAGAUCCCCAAGAAGCAGAGAGUGCAAGCCCUGCAGUUCCUGAUCCCAAAGAUGAGCAUUCCCAGAGCAAGCUGCCGAAGGAUGACAAGGCCCAUCUCCAGGAUGACCAGGGAGAAGAGGAGUAUUUUCAUGACUGCAGUGCCUCAUUCGAGGAGGAGGAACCAGGAAUGGAUAAGGCUGAGAGCAAAGCUGAUGAUGGUGUGAAUUCCUCUGAACUAGAUGAAGAAUACCUAAUAGAACUGGAAAAAAACAUGCCAGAUGAAGAGAAACAGAAAAGGAGAGAGGAGAGCACUAGACUAAAGGAGGAGGGAAACGAGCAGUUUAAGAAAGGAGAUUAUAUAGAAGCUGAAAGUUCUUAUAGUCGAGCCCUUCAGAUGUGCCCAUCCUGCUUCCAGAAAGACAGAUCAAUUCUGUUUUCAAAUAGAGCUGCUGCAAGGAUGAAGCAGGACAAGAAGGACAUGGCCAUCAAUGACUGCAGCAAAGCAAUUAAGCUGAACCCCAGCUACAUCAGGGCAAUUUUGAGGAGAGCGGAGUUGUAUGAGAAGACAGACAAGCUAGAUGAAGCCCUGGAAGACUAUAAAUCUAUAUUGGAAAAAGAUCCAUCAAUACAUCAAGCAAGAGAAGCUUGUAUGAGAUUACCUAAGCAAAUUGAAGAACGUAAUGAAAGACUAAAAGAAGAGAUGUUAGGUAAACUAAAAGAUCUUGGGAACUUGGUUCUCCGACCUUUUGGGCUCUCCACAGAAAAUUUCCAGAUCAAACAAGAUUCCUCUACUGGCUCCUACUCCAUCAAUUUUGUUCAGAAUCCAAAUAAUAAUAGAUAACAAAGAUAACAAUAGCUUUAAAACCUGACUUGGAAAUUGUGUGCUGCUUGCUGUUCGCAAGGGGCAAGGCCCUGCCAAUAUUUAAUUUUCAAAAGCAUCUUAAUCUAAGCUAGUCCAAAAGGCUACCAGUAGAGCCUAGAGCCACCUCUUCACUCUUGUUUCAUGGUCAGAGUGGAAGGUACUUCUAAUGCAAUGAGCCUCAUUUAAUUUCAUUUUAAGGUGGUGUCUGUGCAGCUGUUGUCCCUGGUUGACUGUCCUUUGUCCAGGAGGAAGUCUGCUUGGCAAGGCUGACUUCCCUGAGCCACACAAACCCACUAGCCUAGCAGACCUGUGGUCUGGGAGACUGCCUGGAUGUGAUUGACAGCCUCCUCGGGGUCCCUGGAGUCUGCUGCCCCUCCCUGAUCACACAGCUCCUGGCUGCUGUGCAGGGUCUCCAGGAUUCCCUGGUUUCCUCUGUAAUAAUAAAAGCUUUCUUUGGUGGUCUGGA